GGUACUGUUAGUAUUGCAUCAAUCAUUGAUGCCUUGAAUCUAAAGAAUACUGGUGCCUGGAUAAUUUCUGGUUAACAGUCGGUGACUGAGUAUUGCCUGCAUAUCCUUUUGCUAGAAUUCUCUAUUAGUGCGUCUCAUGGUGCAUAAUACACCCCUUCAAUGGUGUUCAUUAAUUGGGGGAUGAAUUUUUGAAAGAGGAUAACAUAUCUCGCUUUGCAGUAGAGAUUUUGGGAAUGGAAAGGACAUUAGAGUCAGAUAAUUUGUCGUCUUUUUUGGUGGUCUCAAUCUAGUGAUAAACAGAACCAUCAAGUUUUCUUAUUCCUAUCUGAAUGGACCCUUUUCUUUCUUUGGCAGUUUACAGAAGGUUUCCGGGAGCUUUGACUACCAAUUGGACUACAAUGAGAUCAAUUCAUGGAACUGCAUCUAUGGCUGCAAGAGAUUACUAUGAGACAGUUGGGGUUAGCAGGAAUGCAAGUGCAUUAGAAAUAAAGAAAGCUUAUUAUGGGGCAUUGCAGUUGGGACAAGACUCGGAACUUCUUCGGUUGUCUUUGAAAAUCUGGAAUUAGUGUGCAGUAAGAAGGUGUGUGAUCU